AAUAGGAGUGAGCAACGGGGAAACAGGUAUUUAGGCAUACUCAUACUCGUUUCCUUUUUUUAGGGUUACAGGUACCCAAAUACUCGGGAUGAGACAUGGGACUGAAAAAUUCUAUAAUGGGUACCCGCGGAUUGCCCGUUAAUACCUGUUUGGAUAUUACGGGUACCUGUACUACCCGUUAACUAUGUAUAGAUAAUUUACCCGUUAAAACUUAUGAUCUGUUGUAAAAUGUGAAUGAUAAAUCUACAUGGUUUCUGUAUGUAGCACAUUGCAAACCUUGCUGGCAACUCAAAGCCGGUGCUUCCUGUUCCCGCUUUCAAUCUUAUCAAUGGUGGAUCACAUUCUAGAAACAAGCUCGCUAUGCAGGAGUUCAUGAUAUUUCCCACUGAAUCUUCCACAUUCAAGGAAGCCAUGAAGAUAAGUGCUAAGGUGUACCAUCAUUUGAAGGACUUGGAGCAGAAAGGGAGGCUUGGAAGCGAGUUUUGGGUCGAGAACGGAGAAUUGGCGACAAGGAGGAGUUGGAAGGCAAAAUACCCGGUCAGGUCGCUUAAAUACCCGACCGGGUAAAUGUGGCCGCAGGCCUAAUAUUUCAACCCGGAGGAUCAGACGACCCCCCAGUCGAGAGCCCUAAAUACCCGACCGGGUAUUUUCACCCAAGGUCGGGUAUUUUCUCCAGCUGAUGCGCGUCUUUUUGCUAACACCAGGCCGGUUCCCUUAAUACCCGACCGGGUAUUUGGAUCGGGUUUCGGAAGCUGGGGUUGUUACAAGCAGAUUUCGGGUUGUUGGUCUAUAAUCCAAGUUUUAAAGGAAGAAACAGAGUUUUGGAGAGGGAAAGUGACGAACCCUACCUCUAAGGUGACAUAGAUCGAGUUUUCACGACAUUGGAGCUCUAUUGAAGCCUGGAGAAAUGCCGAUUGACAACUAGAAGUUGAAUUUCAUCCUUCACAAAAUGAUUUCUACAUCUGAAGCUGAUUUCUCUUCUCUCUUUAUGGAGUAAACUCGCUCUCUCUCACUUGGGUAUGAAGAACCCUAGAUUUGUAUGUUAGGUUUGGUUGUAUGAACCCAAGUACAUGAUAUUUUGAUAUUGAUUAUAUUCGAUUGAGGUAUGAUUUCUGAAUUGCAUGAAUCUUGAUCACAUUCUUGUAGUUUCUGCUUUGACCUAGAAAGAGAAUAUCUAUCUAGGUUGAUAGAGCAUCCUUGAUUGAAGAUGGUGAAUUGACUACUUUAGUCAAGAAAUCAAUUCACUGCUC